ACCCCCGGGCACAAUGAGUCAGUCACCCAUAAUCCUCCCUGUUGUGCUACUGCUGCUGCCUGUGUUGGUUCUGUGUUCUCCAGAAUGCCCAUGGCUUGACAAUAAGGGAGAGUUUCAGGUUCAAAAAAUACUAACUGUCCUUGAUCGUAUGGAGCCCACGGAAGAGAUUCCGUAUGAUUGCUUUCUACCCCUGCCUCCUAUUGACUUUACCCACAACAUGUCCCUGGGAGCUGCGGCCGCCAUAGUGGAUAAAGUUGCCAGGAAAAGUAUCAGAUUGUACAGCAAAAAGUGUCACCAACUGGGACACACACAGAAGGAUUGUUCUGAGCUGCUUCACCUUCUGCAUCAGCUAAGCCAAUGGGUGGCUCCGUGCCUGACAGACAAAGGGAAAUAUAAGGAGGUCACAGAGCAAGUAACUAAACAAUUCAGACAGAUGGCACAAAAUCCGGGUAACGCUGCCUGUGCCCGGCAUAACAUUUGGGCGGCUACCACUCAUUAUUACCAGCAAGUUGCUCGUCUCACAUCCCUGAAGGUCAAACAGCGUCUCAUGAACUGAAUCUGCGCCUCCAAUCUUGUUGGCUAUUGCACAAGUGAAAA